AAUCUCACUGAGAGAGCUGGCUGUGUUGAGAGCUUAAUCCUGAGUAAGCCACGAUUACAGUGACAAUCUCAUUUGACUCCUUUAAACUAAGUCAGGAAAAUACCUUUAGAUUGUUUUUGUUGGUGCAGCAAACACAUUGCCACAAAAUGUUUCAUAAACUAUGGUUUAGAAAAGUUACACCAAAACAGGAAGAACCAAAAGAUACUCAAAAGAUUGGACCUCAGCUGGAAUCAAAGGGACAGGAAACUAAAGUGAGUGAUAAUGACUCCUGGAAUGCUGAGGAAAGGGAUACAGGGGUCACGACAGCCCCCAUGAACACUCAUGAGCAAGCACCUUCCCAGCCUCCUCCUUGUUGGAAAAAUGCAAAGUUGCAGACAGCAGCUGAAGCUCUCCCUGAACAGGGGCAUGAAUCAAGCUUCCAAAUAGAACCAGCAUCAAAUGAAGAAGUUCGAUUUAGCAUUUCAUCCUGCAAUAAAUGCGAGCAAAAACAACAACCCAUACUUAGCAGUGAUUUAGCUGAUGCACAGAUCCAGAACUUAGUGACACGUUUGCGGGAAAGGACGAUACUGUACAAAGAAAAGCUACUUGAUCAGCAUGAUUCUUCAGCAGAAGAAACUCCAUCAGCUUAUGCUCAUGGUGGUCUGGAUGACCAUGUGUGCAGGAGUUGCCUCCAAUUGGAGCAAUUCGAGCUCCGGUUUUUGGAGCUUGAGCGGCAGCUGAGGGCACUACGGUGCAUUCACGAAGCUGAGAGGUUUAUGGCUAGCAUGCUUCAGGACGUGGUUACCCCGCAGCUUAAGGAAUUGCAAGCAGAGAGGGAAAGGGUGACUGCCUGA